CCUGCCUCCCUAGAAUUUGCUACAAACUGCAGCAGCAACAGAACGCUGGUGCAGGGUCUCGCUCUACAGUACAGACAUGGCUCUGGCAGACUCUGCGCGUGGCUUAUCAAACGGUGGCAAUGCAGACUCCCCAUUUCCUGAAAUUAUAGAGCUCAAUGUUGGGGGACAGGUAUAUCUGACUCGACAUAAAACUUUGAUCGCCGUACCCGACUCUCUGCUGUGGCAGAUGUUCAGUCAGAAAACCCCCAAGGAACUGUCGAGAGACAGCAAAGGCCGCUACUUUCUGGACCGGGAUGGCUUUUUAUUCCGUUAUAUUUUGGACUACCUGAGAGAUCUCAACUUGGUGCUCCCUGAUUACUUUCCAGAGAAGUGCAGACUGAAAAGGGAGGCAGACUUUUUUCAACUGCAAGACCUCUCAAAGAGGCUCAGCCCUAAAGUAAGCAAGGAGAAUUCUAUCAGCGAAGAGAUCAGUCAAAGUGACCCAGAAGAGGUAGGUUUCCUCGGUGGAGCUGGCGGCUCGACCACAAGCUUGGAACCAACGCGCUUUAUGUCAACAAUAACUAGUGCCCAUGCACGCUCCCCGUCACUCGAGUCCAGGAAAGCAGGCUACAUUACUAUAGGAUACAGGGGGUCCUACACCAUUGGGAGAGAUGCUCAGGCUGAUGCGAAGUUCAGGAGGGUGGCCAGGAUCACAGUGUGUGGGAAGACCUCUUUGGCCAAAGAGGUGUUUGGUGAUACCUUGAACGAGAGUAGAGACCCCGACAGACCCCCGGAGAGAUACACCUCCAGAUACUACCUGAAAUUCAAUUUCCUGGAGCAGGCUUUUGAAAGGCUUUCUGAAGCUGGCUUCCGUAUGGUAGCUUGCAGCUCCACAGGCACAUGCGCUUAUGCCAGCAAUGACCCCAGCGAGGACAAGAUCUGGACCAGCUACACAGAGUAUGUUUUCUGUAGGGACUGAUCAGACAGAAUAUGACACCCAGAAAGUAACCUUAAACUUAAACUGAACUGUAGCUUAAUAGCAAAAAAAAAAAAAAUAAUAACUUGACACAACGGCUUAUAUUUUAUAGUGAUGUUUCCUAAUAUAUAUAUGUGUGUGUGUGUGUGUGUGUGUGUGUGUGUGUGUGUGUGGUACUUAAGGUUUUUGAUGUUUUUUAUUACUUUAUUUUAUAUCUGAUGCUUAUCUAACUUAAAUCUCUGUUAAUAAUAUUAAUAUGCUUGUUAAUAUACUUUUAUAAAACAAUUACCAAUUUAGGAUUUCAAAAUGUUCCUAACAAGUAACAUUUACUUAAGAUUUGAAUAUGCUGUUUCACUACAAUGUUAGGUAUAAAAAUACUUGUAUAAAAAUUGUUACAAAUGCAAAGCUCCAGUCUGUAAUUGUGUUACUCAUUAUUAUGCUCUUAUGCCAAGACACACACAACAUGUUUUGGUUGAAGUCCAUCUUUGCCCAGGAAACAGAGGUCUGCAGAGUCAGCGGUUGCUGAGGGAUAUGAUCAGUAUGGUUUUAGCCAUUGCUUAGAGAUUACAAAAUUUGCUGUCAAUAAAUCUUUUUUUUCUUGCAAUGAAUAUGCUUUUAUAUACUGUAUUACAAUUAUUAUAAAGUCUGUUCUGUACUUAUUGCUAAAUAAAUAAAAAGUUUGAAUUCACACUGACUACAAAUGCAAAAGAACGCAGUGGAAUUGAUUUUGAGAGCGCUGUGCUGUAUGUUGUACUCUUAAUGUAAUAGUUCACAAAUAUAAAUAUAAUAUUAAAUGGUCAAACACUUUGAAAAAACAAGCUGUUGAGUCAGGAUAAUAGAUCAAAACAUCCUUUUAUUAACUGUAACUGUAUAAUUGGGGCCAGUGCUAGCUUGUUAAGCACAAUAUUUUCUUGAAAUAAAACUACUUUAAAUCAGAACAAACAUGUACAAACAUAAAAUAUCCAGCACAUUACCUGACUCAUCAUUCACUAAAAAUACACUGGCUUUUGUCACCAGAUUAAUACAAAAUCACAUCACAUAUUGCAAAUGUCUUUCAUUUAUAAAAUCAGUAUAACCAACAUUU